AUGAAGCAGCAACUUCUGUACCUCGCCGGUAUGGCUACUGUUGCUGCCGUACCCUUGGCACAUCAGUCUUCCGCCACUUAUUUCUUCACCUUGUAUGGAGAUCUCGUCAACUGCGGAGAUUCGUACACCAUGACUUCUUUCAAUGUCUCCGGCACACAGCCAUCUCCUUCGAACCCAAUGGGGAACCCUACCUUAGGGACCGGGACCACCGGUGGUGGUGUCAAUUGGGUGGGAGACCUGACGACCGAAGAUAAUCGUUCGCUCGUUCUGAGCUACAAUCUUGCCGUGGGCGGCGCCACUAUUGACAAUCGCAUUAUAAAUGCUACAGUGGAGGAUAUGACCACGCAGGUUGCGUCAUUCCAUUCGAUCUAUGGCAGAAAGCCCCAUGCUGUGCCGUGGAAGGCUGAUAACGCAGUGUUCGGGUUCUGGAUUGGAAUCAACGACAUCGGCUGGGCCUAUGCCACCUAUGACGCCAGCGUCCUCGUUCCCAAGCUUAUGACCCAGUACGAAUCUCUUCUUGAGCAGAUUUAUGCCGAUGGUGGACGCAAGUUCUUGUUCCUGAAUGCGCCGCCCACUAGCCGGAGCCCAUUCAUUCUGGCAGCGGGUGCACAGGCAUCCGAGGCACAUGCAGAGUGGGUGACUGCCUACAAUGACGGACUCUAUACGAUGGUGAAACAGUUCAAACGGAAGCACGGUGAUGUCGAAACUGUCCUCUACGACGCUUGGUCCUUUAUGACCCACGUUCUGGAUAAUCCUAAGGAGUAUGGGUACCCAAACUCCACUUGCAUUCAUGACGAUGGGACAAGCUGUAUCUGGUGGAAUAAUUACCACCCUGGAAGCAAAUACCAUAGGCUACAGGCUGCGAAUAUGAAGCCGUAUCUUAAGCGGUUCGGGGCUUGCGAGACUGAGCCCCUUUUGAAUGCAUUCGGAAAAUAA